AUGCCUCCUCUUCCUCAGGAUUUCGUGUUUCUCCUUGCUGAUUUCUUCUUCAAAAAGAUUCAUAGAAGAAGAAGAAACUCCCUCAGUAGACUAAUCCACCAUCGACCCCUGUCACUGAGCAGUUCCCUCCAGGGGAGUUUUCUGAAGGUUUGGAAAUAUGUGAGAAGCAUAGUGAAGCCUGAAAUGUUAAUGACUGAUAUACGUGAUACCCUGGAGAAUUCUGUUCGUAAGCUGAUAUCAGAGAAUGGUCUUCAAGCUGAGGUGCUCGUGGCUGUCUCGAAGCUUGCUUAUUGA